UAAUCAAUAACACUAGUCAAUCUCUUGGGGUUCUGCUGUCAACCAAUUCCCACAACCCUCCAGGCCUCCACUAUUAUCUUAUUGUAAUCUUCCUCAAUUAGUUUAAUUUAUUAAAGCUUUCAUAUCUACCAAAAUCCAACCUAACAAUAGGCUACUAAAGAGUAAAUACAACAUGUUUUGCCUCAACCUAUAAAAACCAAAACCCCAUUUUCAUUUCAAGUUUUUUCUACACUUCAUCAAACAAGAUUUGAUUCACAAUCAAAAAGUUCCCUUCUUUAUUCCCCAUUUUCCACCUAUAGCAGCAAUAACCUAAUCAGCAUUUUGCAAGACAACAACUACUCCAUUUUCAGCACUUUUUUUUGUUCCUCCCAUCUUUGUUUGCUUUUCUGACUUUGGGUAUUAUUCAAUCAAAUUUCUCCAUUGUGGAUUAAUUUUUUAAAUCAAUGGAGAAUCAAUAUAAACUUUUCCAAUACUCUUUGAGUUUAUGCUAUUCCAUAUCCUAAAUUCCUAGCACCCAAAAAAAAAAUUCUAAAUUCUCAAUUUUUUUUAUUUAGCUUGUUUCUAAAAAAAGGAAGAAAAUUGAGCUUUACCCAUUUGAGGAAUUGAAUUUCUAGAGAAAGAUGGUGGUGAGAAAAGUGGGUAAGUAUGAGAUAGGAAGAACAGUAGGAGAAGGAACUUUUGCCAAGGUGAAAUUUGCUCAGAAUACUGAAACUGGUGAAAGUGUUGCCAUGAAAGUUCUUGAUCGAAGUACUAUCCUUAAGCAUAAGAUGGUUGAGCAGAUAAAGAGGGAGAUAUCCAUAAUGAAACUUGUUAGGCAUCCCCAUGUUGUUCGUUUACAUGAGGUCCUAGCAAGUCGCACCAAAAUCUAUAUCAUAUUGGAAUAUAUCACAGGUGGUGAAUUGUUUGAUAAAAUUGCUCACCAUGGACGACUCAGUGAGCUUGAAGCUCGUAGAUAUUUUCAGCAACUGAUUGAUGGUGUUGAGUUCUGCCAUAGCAAAGGGGUUUACCAUAGGGAUCUGAAGCCUGAAAAUCUUCUCCUAGAUUCCCAAGGAAAUCUGAAAAUUUCCGAUUUUGGACUAAGUGCACAACCUCCAGAGGGUGUUAGUCUCUUAAGGACUACAUGUGGGACUCCUAACUAUGUGGCACCAGAGGUUCUCAGUCACAAGGGCUACAAUGGUGCUCUAGCAGAUAUUUGGUCCUGUGGGGUCCUCCUCUACGUCUUGAUGGCGGGUUACCUCCCAUUUGAUGAACUUGAUCUCACAACACUAUACAGUAAGAUUGAGCAUGCUGACUUUUCAUUUCCAUCUUGGUUCUCCAUGGGGGCAAAAUCAUUAAUCAAGCGAAUAUUGGACCCAAAUCCCCAAAGUCGUAUUAGGAUGGAAGAUAUUAAAGAUGAUGAAUGGUUCAAAAAAGGGUAUACACCUGUUAAUUUCAUUGAGUAUGAAGAUGUGAACCUGGAUGACAUAAAUGCUGUUUUUGAUGAGACUGAGAAUCAACAAGAUUAUCAGCAGCAUAUAAAUGAUGAUGUUGGACCAUUGAUUCUUAAUGCAUUUGACCUAAUAAUUUUAUCACAAGGACUAAACCUUGAAUCCUUGUUUGAUAAAGGCAAGUUCCAACAGGAUUCAGUAAAACAUCAAACACGCUUUGUUUCACAAAAGCCAGUAAAAGUUGUUGUAUCAAGUAUGGAAGUAGUUGCGCAAUCAAUGGGUUUCAAAACACAUAUUCGGAACUAUAAGAUGAGGAUAGAAGGUCUUUCAGCUAAUAAGACUGGAAAUAUCACUGUGAUCCUAGAAGUAUUCGAAGUUGCGCCCCCACUUUUGUUGGUGGAUAUUCAAAAGGCUGCUGGUGAUCUUAACGAGUAUCUCAAUUUCUACAAAAGCUUUUGUGAAAAUCUUGAAGAUAUAAUUUGGAGGCCUCCUGGUGAUUCGGGCAUAUCAAGGGUUGGCAAGAACAAGAGUAGAAAGCGUCCGUAGCAUUUCUUCAACUUCAGAGUGACUCGGGAGGCAUUCGUAUAAUCGUAUCGUAAUACUGUAGAAUGCUGCAUAUCAUCAGCUGUAUUCGUUGUGAAGGUAGUGUCAAGACUAAAAGAGAACUUAACAGAAAGGUGAUGAGUUGCCAAGUAGAGAUGGAGCAAAUUUCACCUUCAACCUAUGUUUAUAGAUCUUUCUUAGAUGGAAAAGGCUGUAGAUUUUUUUUUUACUGUAUUUUAUAGAUUGUAAAAUCGUUUGGUCUUUCUUACGAAGUAUUUGAAAAGCUACAACAUACAAUAUAGUAAGAUCACAUGCUAAACUCUGAACUCGUGAUUUGAGCUUGUUAUACAUAUAUGAGUGAGCUGAUUGUCCUGGA